AUGGAAAUUGUUAGCAAUUUCACAUAUGAAGGUGCGAAUGAUGAGGUUAUAAGAAUGAGGUUAUUCGUGCAGACUCUGAAAGAUAAGGCAAGAGAGUGGAUUGACACUCUACCUUCGAGGAGUAUCACGAGUAGGGUGGAGCUGGUACAAAAAUUCACUACUAAAUUUUUCCCACCUGCUCGUGUGGCCAAGUUAAAGCACGAUAUAACCACUUUCCAACAACUUGACUCUGAAACCUUUCACGAGGCUUGGGAGAGGUUCAAGGACAUGCUAAGAAAGUGCCCAAACAAUGGGAUUACUUUAGCACAACAAGUCCAGUACUUCUACGCCGGGUUAACUCCUUCUCACCGCUCAAAUGUUGACUCAUCGUCAAACGGAUCAAUCCAAAACAAAAGUAUCCGAGAGGCGUAUGAGCUAUUUGAGGUGAUGAGUGAACAGAGUGCCAUGUGGCCAGAUAGACGUGCUAAAGUGGGAGUUAGUGGAGCUCGAGAGAGUGAAGCAUACUCUCUUAUGUUAUCAAAGAUUGACUUUCUAGCACGAAAAGUAAAAGGACUUUCUACUUCGUCAUCUGGCUCUCAUUCAGCUCAUAUGGUCCAAUCCCCAUCAGUCUGUGAAAUGUGCGGAGCUAAUCAUUUGAGUUCAAGAUGUCCGUUGAUUGCCAGUAGUUCGGGAUCCACCGAGCAAUUGGCAUAUACACAAAAUUUUCAAUGCCCUGGGUACAAUCCUUACGCUCAAACUUAUAACCCUGGAUGGCAUAAUCACCCUAACUUCUCUUUUGGGAAUAACCAGAAUGUGUUAAAUCCUAAACCACAAGAGAAGAAAGAAGGUUGGGAAGAGGCCAUUGCUAAGCCUCCAGGGGCUUUACCCAAUGACACUGAAACAAAUCCCAGAGAGAAUGCAAAGGCCAUUAUUACUAGGAGUGGGAUUCAAUUGCCUGAACCUACGGUAGUACAGCGAAAGGCUCGAGCUGACAAAGAACCAAUCGUUGAAAAUGAGGUGGUGCAAGCACCUAAAGAGGUUGUUGAAGAAGGUAAGACUGAUGAACAGGAGCCAUUAACAUCAAAGACUCCAAUUCCAGUCAAAGCCUAUGUACCUCCUAUUCCUUUCCCUCAAAGGCUCCAGAAGCAUAAACUAGAUAUUCAAUUUGGUAAGUUUUUGGAGGCGUUUAAAAAGCUACACAUUAACAUUCCGUUUGCAGAUGCUCUGGCUCAAAUGCCGAGUUAUGCGAAGUUCAUGAAAGAUAUCCUUUCUAACAAAAGGAAACUUAAAGAGCAUGAAACGGCGAUGUUGACGGAAGAGUGUAGCGCCAUUCUCUAG